CUUCAGCUGAGCAUGCCUAGAGCACACACAGCCCUGAGAUAAAGGCAGGAAAUCUAUACAGGCAACCUGAUGGAUUAAAACGUACAGUAUACAGCUGUUUGUUAUGGUAAUGGAAUGUAAGACUGCAUGAUUUUACCUCGUGCCUGAUGGGUAACGUCCCAACUGCAGUAAAGCAUUGUCUUAGUUACCAACAUCUUCUUAAAGAACAACUCUGGAUUGGAGAUGUAAGCACUCCUGAACAGGAGCCACAUGUGACUGGUCUCCCACAACAUGUCAAAAUAGUAGAAGUUGGACCAAGAGACGGCUUGCAAAAUGAAAAGGCUUUUGUUCCGACCAACAUAAAAAUUGAAUUAAUCAACAGACUUUCAGAAGCGGGUUUACCAGUUAUAGAAGUCACCAGUUUUGUAUCUUCAAAAUGGGUGCCACAGAUGUCAGAUCAUACAGACGUCAUGAAAGGUAUAAAGAAGUAUACAGGAGUACAGUACCCAGUUCUUACUCCUAAUAUACAAGGGUUUCAUUCUGCAAUAGCAGCGGGAGCUAAAGAGGUCUCUGUUUUUGGUGCAGCAUCUCAGACAUUUAGUGAGAAAAACAUAAACUGUUCUAUUGAGGAAAGUAUGAGAAGAUUUGAAGAAGUCAUAAAGUCUGCUUGCAGUAUAAAUAUCCCAGUUCGCGGAUAUGUUUCUUGUGUAUUAGGCUGUCCUUAUGAAGGAAAUGUUGAUGUUCGGAAAGUAGCCGAGGUAUCAAAGAGAUUGUACAGUAUGGGCUGUUAUGAGAUCUCACUCGGAGAUACUAUCGGGGUUGGGACCUCCGGUAGCAUGAGGAAAAUGCUUGAAGCUGUGAUGAAAGAGAUUCCAGUCCAUGCCCUGGCUGUUCACUGUCAUGAUACUUAUGGUCAAGCUCUUGCCAACAUUCUUACAGCAAUACAGAUGGGUGUUAGUGUCGUGGACAGUGCAGUUUCUGGACUAGGCGGAUGCCCUUAUGCCAAUGGUGCUACAGGGAAUGUUGCAACAGAAGAUGUACUUUACAUGCUGAAUGGGCUUGGCAUUAACACGGGUGUUAAUCUGUACAAUGUCAUGGAAGCUGGACAUUUUAUUUGCACUGCCUUAAAUAAGAAGACAAAUUCAAAAGUGGCCCUAGCAACAUAUUCUCCAUAAUGUAUUUAUUCUAAAUAAUAAUAAUAAUUAUUAUUAUUAUUAUUAUUAUUAUUAUUUUAUCUAACGGUGUCUUAUAUGUAAUUACUGUACAUGCAUUACAUGAAAAGGCUGCUGUUUGAUCUGCAUCUUUAAAGUACAGUAUUAUAGAAUACAGUGCUCUGCAAUCACAUUGUGCCAUAUUAAUACAAUACAUUUACUCUGAUUUGGUUGAAUGUCUGGAAGUGGAACAGGACCAGCUGCACUAUCGGAAGGCACAGUAGACUGGGGGAGGCCAAAGGAUGUCAGAGAAAACUGCAGCCAGUGGCGAAUUUCCCAUUAGGCACAUGAGGCAUGUGCCCAGGGGUGGCACUUGGAUUCUUGUGUUGGUAAUGCCAGCUUAAAAAGUACCAGGAACUGCAAAAUAUUUCCACUGUGCUGUUCCAUAUGCCAUCUUGAAUGGAGUGUAAAUUGGUAGGACAUGCACAUACUGCCCAUGUUAGCUGUCCAACUUAGUAAAUAUGUAUACAUAAUUAAAAAUAAAAAAAUGUCACAGGCUUUUUCUUUAUUAUUCUAUUAAAUUGGCUAUCAGUAAAUGAGGACUUAUAUCCAGCCAAUAAAAAUAAUAAAAUUAGAAAGACGGGGGCGGACGUUACUGUUGUGCCUAGAGGUGCCCUCACCCCUAAAUCUGCCCCUGACUGCAGCAAUACUACAUGCAACUCCUCUGAUAGAUUUCUCAUCUCAACUAGCUACUGUCUCUCCUUCAGGGUCUUUCCAAAACACAAACAAUACCCUUUCAACUAUACUAUUAUUGUGUGAUUGUUAUAUAUACAAUUUAAUAUAAUCUGCAUAUAACACAAAUAGUGAUUCUAUCUUGAGCACUGGUAAUCAUGGAGAUAAUUAAUAGAUAUCAGCAAGGGGCACUGCUACUGAAUGGCCCAUCUUUUCGUCUGCCAAUUAAGUGCUACCAAUAAAUAUUUUCAUCUUUCAAACAAGCUGAUAUUUGCCUGUUGGGCAUGAAAAAAUAAGUAAACCAGGACCUCCACAGGACACAGAGUACACUCUCUGUAAGUUUUACUAAGCCUUCAAGUUGUGAAACAAAUGCAAGGCAUUUCUGACUGCUCACAAACUCAACAAGAGAGAGGUGCUGUAAUGAGACAUAAACAUUUACCCAAGAUGAUAUGGUCAUGCUCUCUGGGCGCACUUUGUGAAGAGAACUCCAAUGGGGUGUGACCAGGCCUCCACAUCAUCUCGGAGCCUUACCAAACUCCAGCCCUAAAUGCUCUCAUAGUGUUGCAAACAAGAGACCUCUGUGUUGUUGUGAUCUGCAGUAUCUUCAUACGCCCCCACUUUCUCUAGAAUGACAAAUCUAUUCUAUGUUGACUAAGGCUGGAAAAAUGAAUGGCAUUUUGAUGACUGCUAGAGACAGUAUAGCAAACAAGUUUUGAAUAAAUGAUAGCUUACUUACAA